AUGCCGCGUAGAAUAUCAGUGAAGGAGAUUUCGCAGCACAGCAUUCCUUCAGAUUUAUGGGUUGUGGUAAAUGAUACAGUUUAUGAUUUGACAGAUUUUGCCCCCGAACACCCUGGAGGUGCAAGCAUAAUUCUGCAAUAUGCUGGCCGUGAUGCUUCAAAAGCCUACUCUGAAAUCCAUGCACCCUCCCUGAUAUCAUCCUCACUUCCAGCCUCGAAAGUCUUGGGAACAGUUGAUUCCUGUACUAUAACGGAAGAAUGGAUCAAACCUCCGCCUGAAGUUUCAAAGACUCUAGCCCCUGGCUCUAAGCCUUCUCUUGAUAAUUUGAUAAACACGCACGAUUUUGUAUCUGCUGCGGAGACAUUUCUUACCCCCAAAACAUGGGCAUUUUAUUCUUCCGCUGCUACGGAUCUUAUAACCAAAAGCCGAAAUUCUUCCACAUAUGCAGAUAUUAGUCUUCGUCCUAGAAUACUGAGAAAUGUCAAAAAUGUUAGCACGAGGACUACAAUGCUUGGUAACCAGAUAGAAGUGCCAGUAUUUUGUUCCCCAGCAGCAAUGGCAAAACUGGUACAUCCACAAGGUGAGCGGGAGCUAGCUCGUGGGCUGAAAUCUGCGGGAUCGGCAAUGGCCGUCAGUACAAACGCUAGUUUUCCAAUUGCGGAGAUAUUUGAGGCCGCGUCUGAAGACCAUUCGCAGAGUUCCGAUGGGAGGAAAGAGCUUCCAAUAUUUUUCCAGCUUUACGUUGAUAAGGAAAGGCAUAAAUCUGAAAAGCUUCUACAAGAUGUGGAAAAGCUCGGUGUCAAGGCAAUAUUUGUGACUGUUGAUGCACCAGUCCCUGGAAAGCGAGAAGCGGAUGAAAGAGUAAAGGCAGAUGAGAGUUUGUCUACACCAAUGAGUGGUGCAAAAGCCAAGAACGAUAAAAAAGGCGGUGCGUUGGGAAGGAUAAUGGGUGCUUACAUUGAUGCUACACUUUCAUGGUCAGAUAUCGCCUGGCUACGAAAAUGUACCAAGCUUCCUAUUCUUCUGAAAGGUGUACAAACUUCGCUCGAUGCAAAGAUGGCACUGGAUUAUAGAAUAGAUGGGAUUUUGAUAAGUAAUCAUGGUGGUAGAAGUCUGGACACAAGCCCAGCUUCGAUACUGGUUUUGUUAGAAUUGCAGAAGAAUGCGCCCGAAGUCUUCGACGGAAUGGAAGUUUUCAUUGAUGGUGGGAUUAUGAGAGGAACUGAUAUAUUUAAAGCAUUGUGCCUAGGAGCCAAAGCUGUAGGAAUUGGCCGGGGCUUUUUGUUUGCUCUUGGUUGGGGCCACGAGGGCGUAGAGAAAUAUAUCGAGAUCUUGAAAGACGAGCUGGAGACAACAAUGAGGAUGAUGGGUGUUACGGACUUGUCACAAGUUCACCCUGGCAUGUUGAACACGAGAGCUAUAGAUCAUCUAAUUUCAGACGGAGAGGAGGAUCAUCCAUAUGCAAAAUGGAGACCGAAAGCAAGAAUAUAA